AUGGACGAGGAAGCUGCAAUCAAAGCCCUGGCCAUGCCUGACAGGCCAAUCUCAUUCGUCCCAACUAAGGCUGGCGAGAUUAUUCGCAUUGGCCCUGUCAUCUGUCGGAUUAUGGAGGACGGCUCGAAUACUGAUAACCGCAUUGGCGCUGCAGAAUUCACUGUUCCUCCGGGGAUGGAUGGGCCUCCCGCUCACUGGCACGAGAUGCAUGAUGAAACGUUCCUCGUCACGGCGGGGACGAUUCGUUUUCAUGCGCCCGGGGGCAAGACAGUUGAUGCCCAGGCAGGGGAUUAUGUCGUGGUGCCGACGCGAGCACCUCAUACCUUCUCCAACCCUGGUGAUGUGGAGGCGCGUUUCUUCAAUACUUUCACUCCGGCUUACUAUAUCAACUACUUCAAGCUGAUGGAGAAGAUGUUCAAGUCUGGUAUGCCGAUGAACAAGGAUACGGUUCAGCAGGCAAUGUCGCACUUUGCCACGCUUCCUGCUGAUUUGGAGAAGAUGAAGGCGAAGCUAGCCGAGGGAGUUAACUGA